AUGGAAGCAAUUUUGGACUUCUCGACUGAUCUAGACAUUGCUUUGUUUGAUCAAACUGUUGAUGCCUUUUAUAAAGGUUCAGGUGAAAACCAAAAACAAGCACAAUCGGUAUUGAAUCGAUUUCAAGAACAUCCUGAAUCUUGGAAAUUUGUUGAUAAUAUCUUAUCUAAUUCAAGUAAUGCUCAAUCAAAAUACAUUGCAUUGUCAUGUUUAAACAAAUUGAUUCAAUAUAGAUGGAAAAUGAUUCCUGAAGAAGAAAGAAUUGGAAUAAGAAACUUCAUAGUCAAUAUGAUUAUCUCAUUAUGUAAUGAUGAAGCUGAGUUUGAAACCCAACGUGCUUUGAUAAACAAGAUUGAUUUAACUUUGGUUUCUAUAUUGAAACAAGAAUGGCCUCACAAUUGGCCAGAAUUUAUUCCUGAAAUCGUUGCUAGUUCAAGGUCUUCGUAUAAUGUAUGUGAAAAUAAUAUGAUUGUACUUAAGUUAUUAAGUGAAGAAGUAUUUGAUUAUAGUCAGGAUCAAUUGACUCAAGCUAAAGCACAACAAUUGAGGAUAAGUAUGAAAAAUGAAUUUGAAAAAAUUUUCAAAUUGUGUUAUGAAGUAUUGGACAAGACAACAAAGUCAUCGUUAGUUAUUGCCACCUUGAAUGCAUUGUUGAGAUAUAUUCAAUGGAUUCCUUCCAAUUACAUUUACCAAACUAAUUUGUUGGAUAUAUUAUCCACCAAGUUUUUAGCUCCAGUUGAUACUAGAGCAAUUACUUUGAAAUGUUUAACCGAAAUCAGUACUUUACCAGAAGAAAAUGCCAAAACGUUGCUUUUUUUCAAAAACACAAUGGAACAAUUUUACAAUAUUGUUCCCAUUUCAACAAACUUGAAAGAAAGCUAUAAAGUUGCUUCAACUGCUGAUCAAUCAUUUUUACAAGAUAUGGCCAUGUUUUUAUGUUCAUACUUAGGAAACCAUUUAUCAGUAUUGGAACAACAUGAAGAAGCUAAAGAUUUACUUCAAAAUGCGUUAAUUUACUUGUUACAAUUGUCAAGAAUUGAAGAACGUGAAUUAUUCAAAACUUGUUUGGAUUUUUGGCAAAUUUUUGUUCAUCAAUUGUUUGUUGAGACUAGGAAUUUGCCAAGUAAUGAAUUGAGUCCGAUGAUGCAAUUGACUUAUGGCAACUCUAUUAAAGCUGGUACUUCAGGUGGAGCUCCUGAUCCUGCCAUAUUAGCGAAAUUCCCCUUAAGACAACAUCAAUAUGCUGACAUCUUAUCUAAAUUGAGAUUGGUCAUUAUUGAAAACAUGGCCAGACCUGAAGAAGUUUUAGUUGUUGAAAAUGAUGAGGGUGAAAUUGUUCGUGAAUUUGUUAAAGAAAGUGAUACAAUUCAAUUGUACAAAUCAAUGAGAGAAGUUUUGGUUUAUUUAACUCAUUUGAAUGUUAUUGACACAGAACAAAUUAUGAUUGAAAAACUUUCUAGACAACUUGAUGAAAGUGAAUGGUCAUGGCAAAAUAUAAAUACUUUAUGUUGGGCAAUUGGGUCUAUUUCUGGUGCCAUGAACGAAGACAUGGAAAAAAGGUUUUUGGUCAAUGUCAUCAAGGAUUUGUUAUCAUUGACGGAAAUGAAAAGAGGUAAGGAUAAUAAAGCAGUUGUUGCGUCAAAUAUCAUGUACAUUGUUGGUCAAUAUCCUAGAUUCUUGAAAGCUCAUUGGAAAUUUUUAAAAACAGUGGUUAACAAACUUUUUGAAUUCAUGCAUGAAACGCAUGAAGGUGUCCAGGAUAUGGCUUGUGAUACAUUUAUUAAAAUUACCACCAAAUGUAAACGCCAUUUUGUCGUUGUGCAGCAAAAUGAAAGAGAACCAUUCAUUAAUGAGAUUAUUAGAGAAAUUCAAUCGAUUACAGAAGAUUUACAACCACAACAAGUACACACAUUUUAUGAAGCUUGUGGUAUAAUAGUAAGUUCUCAAAACAACAAAGAAGCCAGAGAUAAAUUGUUGAGUGAGUUGAUGGCUUUACCCAACAUGGCAUGGACUUCAAUAAUACAACAAGCAGGCCAAGAUCCAACCUUGUUAACCAAUACUGAAACUGUCAAAAUCAUUGCCAACAUUAUUAAGACCAACGUUGCUGUUUGUAAAGCUCUAGGUCCUGGUUUCUACUCACAAUUGGGAGGCUUGUAUGUUGAUAUGUUAUCAUUGUACAAAGCCGUUUCAUCAAUGAUAUCGGAUGCAGUUGCCAAAGAUGGAAUCAUUGCUACUAAAACUCCAAAAGUUCGAGGUUUAAGAACAAUCAAGAAGGAAAUAUUGAAAAUGAUUGAAACAUACAUAAACCAAGCAGAGAAUUUGGAAGAAAUCGUUAGAGAUUUGACUUCAUCAUUAUUUGGUGCUGUUCUAGAAGAUUAUAGUUCUAAUGUUCCCGAUGCUAGGGAUGCUGAAGUCUUGAGAUGUAUGACUGCAUUGGUCGCCAAAGUUGGUCAUUUGAUACCUGAUGGUGUUGUUUUGAUUUUACAAAAUGUAUUUGAAUGUACUUUGGAUAUGAUCAAGAAUGAUUUUGUUGAAUAUCCUGAACAUCGAGUUGAAUUUUAUAAACUUUUGAAAGAAAUUAAUGCCAAGUCAUUCCAGGGAUUGUUGCAAUUAUCUGGAGAAGCAUUCCAAUCAUUAAUUAAUGCUGCACUUUGGGCUUUCAAACAUAACAAUAGAGAUGUUGAAGAUAACGGAUUAUCUUUAACGUUGAAUUUAAUUGAAAAUGUCGAACAUUUAGGUGAUACACCCUUCACCAAGGCAUUUUAUGAAAAUUUCUAUUUCCAAAUCUUAUCCGAUACAUUAUACGUAUUCACUCAACCUGAUCAUAAAGCUGGGUUCAGAUAUCAAUCACAAUUAUUAGCUCAAUUGAUCCACUUGGUCGAAGAUAACGUCAUCAAGUAUCCAUUAUACACACCAGAUCAAGCACCUGAAGGAACAACAAAUUCUGCAUUUUUAAAACAAUAUCUUUCACAAUUGUUAUCUUCAGCAUUUGAUAAUUUACAACCAGAACAAUUGACCAAUUUCUUAAAAGUUAUUACUUCAGUAUAUGAUGAUUUGUUUAAAUUCAAAGCUACUUUGAGAGACUUCCUUGUGCAAUUGAAACAGUUUGGUGGUGAUCCUACUGAUUAUUUAUUUGCUGAAGAUAAAGAAUUGGAAAAGAUUGAAAUUGAUCGGAAACAAAGAGAAAAGGAUUUACAAGUUGGUGGACUAAUUAGACCAUCGGAAUUGGAUGAUGAUUAG